CUUGGAUUGGUUAAGGGACACUGCCGUGGUUUUUUUUUGAUUGGUGGAGUGAUCUAUGCUCUCUGUGUGUGAUGAAUCUGCCUUAAUAGGUUCACGGAAACAUGGCAGCUUCCAGUUGGAAAACCUUAGAAGUCCGUAAACACCACGAACAAAAAGAUGUUUGUUUCACCAGAGCUAAAUAUAGGGAAGGAAGAAGACCCAAAGCUGUUAGGGUUUAUACUAUCAACCUGGAGUCCCGUUACCUGUUGAUUCAGGGUGUGCCAGCAGUGGGAGUCAUGACGGAAUUGGUUCAACUUUUUGCAAUUUACGGAGCUGUUGAAGAAUACCGUGUACUAGAUGAUUAUCCUGCAGAACAGUUCACAGAAGUGUACCUCAUUAAAUUCCAGAAGCUACAGAGUGCAAGAAUUGCCAAACGGAAACUGGAUGAAAGGAGCUUCUUUGGUGGAUUGCUUCACGUGUGCUAUGCUCCCGAAUUUGAAACCGUGCAGGACACUAGAGAAAAAUUACAAGACAGAAGAAAGUUCAUAGCAAGAACAACAAACAGAGAUAAGAACUUGGAUAGAACAGAGCAGAAACACGAGGAACCUGAUACAUCAAAGGAAGUUGUUAAUAAUCUGCAGCAAGAGACCUCAGAAAUCGAGACAAGUAAUGUCAGUGAGGACUGGAAUACUUGCACCUAUUAUGGUUACCCAAUGUUGCCUCCCCCACCUCAGGAAGAUCUACAGAGGUUUACAUCUGUGUCGGGAAAUAAUUACUUAAAGCCUACUGUACAUGACCCAUUAUUCAAGGACUUUACUACCACUUCCACAGGACAUGCAGCUAAUACUGGUAAACAUGGUGUAACAGAAUGGUCCCCCCCCAGUGAUAUAAGGAAAUAUCAUGGGCCAAAGGAAGUGUCUUUCACGAAGAGUAACACUUCUGUUGCCAGAUUUAUCCCAAGGACUACGCAUUUGCAGGACAGGAAAAGAAGAAAGGAACAAGUAGCUGUAGAUUCACUGAUUGGAAUUGACACAAACGACGCAGAAAUAUUUGUAGGUCCAAAAUUACCAGAAGAACCCAAGGUGGAUAUGGGGGAUGAUUCACUAAACGUGUCAGCCGAUUUAAUUAGAAACAGAUUAAUCAAGGUUUCUUCAGUCCCUGCAUUAAAACCAGAGACAAAGCAGACAACUGAAGAAAAACCUCCACCAAAGCAGCGCAGGAGGAUCUAACCAUGUACAUUUUAUUAUUUUUUUCUCUCACGUGACACCUUAAAUUACAGUGCCCAACCACUGAAAGAGGCAUCAGUUUAGGAUGAACUAUGUGUAACAGGACAGAGGCUGGGUGCAAACCAGCGACCCUGCGCACCGCAAGCGAGCGCCUAAAACACAAUGCAAAAGAGCCGGGCUCGUCUGCAUUCGUGGUGUUAGAGCUUUUAACCUCCUCUCAUCUCACCGAACGGGGACAGAAUCCAUAAUGGCGAUCGGCUGCAGGAAAUCUAUGUGAUCCGGGUCACUGCACCUUUGUAACAGGACGGAGGCUGGGUGUGAACCGACAGGGGACAGAAUCCGUAAUAGCAGUGUAUCCCACAACAAUGCCCAUUACAUAUGUCUAGCUUUGACUAAAAUGUUAUUAUUUGUUACAAUCAGAAAAUUAGGUUUUGUUGCAGGACAUGGAACAGUGUGCCCUAUUUACAAAACCAACUUUAAACUACUUUGAAUAAAAAAAAAAAAAAAAUA